AUGUCUUUCUACUACUCUGCUCCAUCUUUCUAUUCCUUCCACUAUAUCCCACGGACCAAUCGCCUCAAUCAGGUCCAGAAGAAAUCAUUGGAUAACUACUCUCGCUAUAUGGCUGAGAAAAUGAUUGAGAUCCAAGACCAAUAUCACUAUGAAUCCCACCUAGCUGAAUUUCCAGUUUACAGCUCGGAUUCUGAAGUUUCUAGUCCGCCUUCCAGUCCAAUUACCUCUAGCCCACCUCCAGUGCUUAUUCCAAAUCCAUUCUACAACCCUGAACUCGCCAAGCAGAUUUUGGCCGAACGCCAGAAAAAGCAGAUGUCACCAAUCUCACCAAGUGGAGUCCAACUUGUCCCAAACCCAUUCUACAAUCCACAACUUGCCAAGCAAUUGAUGUCCAAGAAGUCAAAAAAGUUAUGA